AUGGUACCAACGGUGUGUGCUGUUGGAGCAACAGUGAGCAGUCAACCACGCAAGCAGCAGCAAGAUUCACAGAUGAACGUACUUGUCUAUGCAGAUGAAGGUACUUCUGAAGACUGUGUCCAUCACACUGUAUCAGCACUGAAACAGGCCGUGCAUCCAUUAAAUUAUAAUGUAGUCCUGGCUGAUGCUACCACUAUCUUGACAUCAGAUUGGGAACCCUUGUGUGCAUUACUAGUCAUUCCUGGCGGAAGAGCCACACCGUACGUCAAUAAACUGCAGCCUGACGGUACAGCACGUAUAAAACGAUACGUACACUCCGGUGGCAGAUACUUUGGAAUUGGUGCUGGUGCAUACUUUGCUUCUGAUAAAGUUGAAUUUGAGGCUGGCAGGAAGGAGUACCAAAUCAUACGACACUGUGAUCUCAAGUUCUAUGAUGGUAUAGCUCGUGGAUCUGCAUUUAGUGGUUAUGUGUAUGGGUCUGAAGCUGGAAGUCGGGCAGCGAAUAUCUCUUUUGAACCUUCUAUAUCACACGUGUCUGAAAGGACAUGUACAAUUUACCACAAUGGUGGAUCAUACUUUACAGCUGAUGGUGGUAGUCUACCAACGAACACUCGAGUAUUAGCUCACUAUAAGGACGACGACAUUGCCACUUUUGGCAAACCAUCAGCCGAUGGAAAAUACCCUGCUCUGCUAUCAAUAAACGCUGGAAAGGGCAAAAUAGUAUUAUCGGGCCCACAUAUCGAGUUUUAUUCAGAAGCUAUGAAGGCACAAUCACCAACUAUAUACGACGACUUGCUAUUAUCAAAACUGGCUUCAUCUGAUCAGACACGAUUCGAAUGGCUUCGAUAUAUAUUAGGUACCGAACUCGGACUUGAGCUCAAUGGUCGAGUUGAGAGUAAAAGUAUACCACCACACUUUAUACCGAACGAUGCGAUAUCAAACAAGCCUCUAAAUGUAUUGGUCUACUCUGACGAAGGAACUUCCGAAGAAGCUGUCUUCCAUACCGUAUCCACAUUGAAAUCAACCCUAUCUCCAGCAUAUAAUGUCCUUUUAGUAAAAGCUAAACUCGUCUUACAUGAACCUUGGGAAGAAUAUACUGCUCUUUUCGUGAUACCAGGAGGUGCUGACUUGCCCUAUGUCAAGGCACUGCAUCCGGAGGGUACUUCCCGUAUAAGACAAUAUGUAGAAGCAGGUGGUAAAUACUUUGGUCUAUGUGCUGGCGCGUACUUUGCCAGCGCUAGAUGUGAAUUCGAGGUGAAACGGAAGUACUACGAGGUAAUCGGAGAUCGGGACUUGCAGUUUUAUAAUGGAGUAGCUAGAGGAUCAGUGUAUAGUGGCUUCAUCUACGGGUCUGAAAAGGGCGCUAAAGCUGCAAAAGUCGUAAUAGAUCCGUCAGUGCCUACCGUCUCAUCAGAACGAGUAAACAUAUAUCAUAACGGUGGUCCCUUCUUCGUACUGGGUGGUGAAGAUGCAUCCAUCAUCCCAGAGAACACUCGUAUCCUCGCAUGGUAUAAUGACUGCGCCUCGGCCUUUGCUUCAAUAGAUAUUAAGCUGCCUGCUAUCGUCUCCUCCAAAAUUGCACUGGGCCAAGCUGUAUUGUCUGGUGUUCACAUUGAAUAUGCUCCAGAAACAAUGAAAACACGUCCGGCAAAAGAAUGGGCUCCGGUUGUUUCAGCAUUGGAACAAUCUGAUGGUGUUAGGAAGGAACUGCUUGGAUAUUUGCUAAGGAAUGAGCUUGGGCUUGAGCUCAAUGAACAUGUUGCGAUAAAGAAGGCGAGUUUGUAA